CCCAUCGAAAGCACAUGCACACAAGUCUACAUCACUGGUGCAGCUAUUUUUCUUAACCGUUUGUCGACAGUACAAUAUAAAGAGAACCACACCCGGCCAUUUUCCGUUCGUCACAUUACCUCGCCGCGGCCACGCCGGCAUCCGCGCAAUACUGGGUGAUAUGCAUGCAGUUCUUCCUCCGGAGCGUCCCAACAAUCCUUCAUACCGUGGAUGUCGCACCACCUUCGGCCUCAUGCAGCAAUGCAUCACCAACGCAGAGAACUCCGAGCAUCCCAAUGUGCAGUACCGAGAACUUCAAAAGCUCGAACAGACGCUGCGCCAACGCCUCCAUGCCCUGGACGCCAAGAAAGGAAUCCCAGAGAAGAUGACGAGCUGCCUGGACGAGCUUCGCGAUGCGGUCCAGGAGGCCUUCGAGGAGGGCAUCGAUACGGACUUCAUCCUCAAGGGGUUCGAGCAGAUGAUUGAAGAGGACGAGCCGACGCUUGAAGAGAGGGACGCCAAGAAGCUGCGGAAGAUGGUGCCGGAGGAGAGGCUCAAGAAGGUGUGGGAGCAGCUCAAGGAAGCGCGCGAGAAGAACAGGAAGCUGACGAACGAGAAUAACGACUUGGCAAUGCGCUUGAAGAGGGUGCAGGCGGAGCGUGACCAGCUGUUGAGGGAAGCUGGUAGGAGCCCGGGAGGUGCGAGCGGUCACGAGCACGUUCUGGGCUGGCAGGACGGGUAACGUCUUUCUUCCUGGCGCUGCUCACUUAUCUAAGGGACAGCAUUAAUGAACGGGCUUAAUUACUGGAUACGUGUUCUGUGAGAGAGGUGGGCAAGUAGCCCUCUUGGCGGAAAGUGGGUGGAGGUGCUGGCAUUGUCUUCACACGAUGAUGGCCCUUGACGAACAUUGUUAAUCGACGACAACCACAUAUUUCCUCAAAUUCACAAAGGCUACUACUGUCAUCAACUCCUACCCUUCUCAAAACACACGGACAAAAAAGAAGACAUCGAGCUCCAGAAGCUCGGGCCUUCGGUCGCUCAGCG